GAGGCUGCACGCGAAGGCCGCCGAGGCUGUCGAGCUGUCACCAUGUCAGUCAGCGUCCACGAGAACCGUAAAUCCCGGACUAGCACCGGCUCCAUGAACAUCUUGCUCUUUCACAAAGCUUCCCACCCGGACUGCGUGCUGUCCCACCUGAACACCCUGCGGAAGCACUGCAUGUUCACCGACGUCACCCUCUGGGCAGGAAACCGCUCGUUCCCGUGCCAUCGGGCAGUGCUGGCUGCCUCCAGCAGGUACUUCGAAGCCAUGUUUAGCAACGGCCUGCGCGAGAGCCUGGACGAUGAGGUGAAUUUCCAUGACAGCCUCCAUCCGGAGGUGCUGGAGCUGCUGCUGGACUUCGCUUAUUCCUCUCGGAUCAUCAUCAACGAGGAAAACGCGGAGUCCCUCCUGGAGGCUGGGGACAUGCUGCAGUUCCACGACGUCCGAGACGCAGCAGCUGAAUUCCUGGAGAAGAACCUCUACCCUUCCAACUGCCUGGGCAUGAUGCUGCUCUCGGACGCCCAUCAGUGCCGCCGACUCUACGAGCUCUCCUGGAGGAUGUGCCUGGUCAACUUCGAGACCGUUCACAAGAGCGAGGACUUCAACAACCUUUCCAAGGACACUCUGCUGGACCUCAUCUCCAGCGAUGAGCUGGAAAUUGAGGACGAGGAGAAGGUCUUUAAGGCUGUCCUCCAGUGGGUGAAAUACGAUCUAGACGAGCGGAAGGCUUACCUUCCGGAGCUGCUGAGGAAUGUUCGCCUGGCCUUGCUUCCUUCCGAAUGCCUCAAGGAGGCCUUGGCUUGUGAGGACCUGAUCAUGGUGGAUGAAAGGAACAAGCUUGUCUUGGAUGAAGCCAUUCAGUGCAAGAAGAAGAUCCUCCAGAACGAUGGGGUUGUCACUAGUCUCUGUGCCAGGCCUCGCAAAGCCGGCCACACCUUGCUGAUCCUGGGAGGGCAGACCUUCUUGUGUGAUAAGAUCUAUCAAGUGGAUCAAAAAGCGAAGGAAAUUAUCCCCAAAGCAGACCUGCCGAGCCCGCGGAAAGAGUUUAGCGCCUGCGCCAUUGGCUGCAAAGUGUACGUCACUGGUGGCAGGGGCUCGGAGAACGGGGUCUCCAAGGACGUGUGGGUGUACGACACUGUCCACGAGGAAUGGUCAAAAGCCGCCCCCAUGCUGGUAGCUCGCUUUGGGCACGGCUCAGCUGAACUGGAAAACUGCCUGUACGUGGUUGGGGGGCACACUGCAGUGGCUGGGGUCUUCCCUGCAUCGCCUUCAGUGUCCUUGAAGCAAGUCGAGAAGUAUGAUCCCACAGCCAACAAGUGGAUGAUGGUGGCUCCGUUGAGAGACGGGGUGAGCAACGCCGCGGUGGUGAGUGCCAGGCUCAAGCUUUUCGUCUUUGGUGGCACCAGCGUUCACCGGGACAUGGUGUCCAAGGUGCAGUGCUACGAUCCGCUCGAGAAUCGGUGGACGAUCAAAGCGGAGUGCCCGCAGCCCUGGCGUUACACGGCAGCCGCCGUCCUGGGCAGCCAGAUUUUCAUCAUGGGGGGAGACACGGAGUUCACGGCGGCGUCCGCCUACCGCUUCGACUGCGGGACGGACCAGUGGACGCGCAUCGGGGACAUGACGGCCAAGCGCAUGUCCUGCCACGCGUUGGCCUCGGGGAAUAAACUCUACGUGGUGGGGGGUUACUUCGGGACUCAGAGGUGCAAAACGCUGGACUGCUACGACCCCAUGUCGGACACGUGGAACUGUAUCACAACGGUGCCUUACUCGCUCAUCCCCACGGCUUUUGUCAGCACCUGGAAGCACUUGCCGUCAUGAGGGGCAGGGCUCGGGGGCUCGUAGCCAGGAAUUCAGUAAGGUAAGGGUCUCCUCUAAAACUGAAACUUGCUGUCUUGUCUCAAAUGCAUCUCCACACACCGCGCAGAAACCACAGGUUCCAGUUCACUCGCUUUUUAAUGAGAAAGGUGCAUUUAAAGGUGGGAGGGACAUCGCACCAAAAAAGAAAAAUAAACUCCACAGUGCUGGAAGUCUUGCUCUCUCUUGUUUCAAGAUGGUCUUAUCCACGCCUGCUCUCGUGGAUAUGACCAUAGGGUACAUCCUGUCCCCAUAUGGUUGAGGGGGUUACGGUUUCUAAAGGCACUUAAAUUUGAGACCUGGAAUACAGUAGGGCAACACAUGCUUCGGAAGAAGUCUCAGUGGUUUAAUAUGGGUAUCUGGGUGGUCGGUUUGGAGCUGCUGAAUAUGUAGGCAAGUGACCCCUAGGAUGCUGGAGAAUCCCAAGUCUCUUUUUAUGUUCUGUAUUUACAUUUCAGUGGGUAGCAGAAGCUUAGAAGCCUUGGUGCAUUUGAUGGUCCUGGUGUUUAUUUAAUAUCCAAGCUGUUGCUUGUUAAAUCAGAACUUCUGAGACUUGUGUGUGAGACCUGAGUGGGAGGGAAGGGGUUUUGGAACCAGCAGAAGAACGUGUUUAUCGGUAUUUUGGGCUGUGUGGGAAUGAGAAGGCUGGUGGAAGCUCCUGGUGUCCUGUAGGGUUCUGGUUCUCACGUGCCCAGAAGUAGUGUUGGCACCGAUGGCAGAGGGCAGCUGGUUCCUCCUCACCUCCCCAGCGGGAUGUUUGGUCACUGUUCUGGUCACCAGUUCGCCUCCAGUGAGCUCUGCACAUCGUCACCGAUCUGUGCCAAGAUGUAGCUGGAGGAAAAGGCCACAAGCUCUCUCGCCUUGCAUUGUGGAAGCAGAGGAGUUGGUGCUAUCCUUGUCAUCUCUCCAGCAAGUCUGUAACACCUCUGCUAGCUCUGCCUGCAGGUUUCCCUCUGCAGCCUCCCGGCUGGGAAACCCUCACCUCUGGGGGCAGGAUUGAUGAGCUUCACUUAAGGUUUUAUUGGGAGGUGGGACCAUGAGGAGGGAAAUUCCUCCAUACCUUCAUCAAAAUCCACUUAACAGAAGAGGGAACGCUUCCUAGAGCCUCUAACACCCUCUGACUUCCCCGCUUCGCACUCGCUGUGGUUGGUGUGCCUGGGAAUCACCCAGCGGGUGAAUUACUGCAGUGCUCGGGCAUUUCUUCAUGAUCUCUGGAUGCCAGCUGGGAACCGAAGUGGAGCUCCGGGCACCUCUACCAGGCGUUUGCCCAACGUGACCACCUGCUUGUCUCAGGUAGAAAAGCACCCAGGGCAUUAUUCUGGCCUUUGAUUUGCAAAAUGAUGGGCUUUAACCUGGGCUGGACUGCAGUGGCAAGAGUGGGAAGGGUUAAAAUGAGAUUUCUGAGCACUUUCACAGCGCUGGAAGAUAAUGGCCUUUCCAAAUUCUCUCCCUCAGGCGUUGCCUAGCAUCUGUCACAGUGGCUCAGUAAUCUAAUUAACUGCCACUCAGCUAUUAAAUAUUGCAGCCAGGAGUGUGAGGACUCCAUCGUUUUCAGUGCGGGUCAGUGGGGCCCCCCUUUAAGAGCCGUCCUAGAGCUGAAAAUUCAUUUUCUCUGGUAGCAGAUGUGUUUGAAUAUUAAAGCUCCACACCAGCCACACCGCUGGCGAUAGGAACGGGGAACAGUUUGAGGUGAGAGUUGGUUCUUCAGCCACCGAAUAAAAACAGGCCCCCAAAACACAGAGCCUUUAGGUUUUCUCUCCUGCCUUUUUCCUCCAUACUGUGUUGGGAUUGCUCAGACCUAAUAAAGAUCUUUGGGGGGUUAUAUGAUAUUGUUCACUGUGCGCUGGAGCCUGGCACAAGCACAAGAGAAUUAGAAACUGUAAUAUGCCAACCUACAAAUAAAGCUGGUGAAAAG